ACACAGCCUAAAAGCUUGAGACCAUGUAAACCAGAGCCAUGAGACUUGCGCCAUGAGUAGAGAUCUGAAAAACCCUUCCAAAUUUAUCUUCAUUCAACAAUGUGCGAUCUCGUUCUCCGCUCCAAAUGCCUCAACCACUUCAAUUUCAGUUUCACCUGUAACAACAAUCUAAUUCUCAUUAAGAACUCUCUUUUCCUUCGUAUUGAAUCCCAUUCAUUCACAAGAAACACUCAUAUUUGUAAAGGCCGAAAGCUCAAUGCUGACGUCAUCAUCGUCGGCGCGGGUGUGGCUGGUUCUGCUCUCGCUUACACACUUGCAAAGGAUGGAAGGUGUGUCCAUGUUAUUGAGAAGGAUUUGAGAGUGCCAAACAGAAUUAAUGGAGAACUCCUCCAGCCCGGAGGGUACAUAAAGUUAAAGGAAUUAGGGCUAGAAGACUGUCUGGAGCAAAUCGAUGCACAACAGGUGCUAGGUUACAUUCUCUACAAGGAUAGAGAAAAUAUUAAAUUACCUUAUCCAUUGGAAAACUAUCAUGCUGAUGUGGCUGGUAGGAGCUUUCACAAUGGACGAUUUAUACAAAGGUUGAGAGAAAAAACUACGGCACUCCCAUGUGUACAAAUGAAUGAAGGCACUGUAACUUCUCUUCUUUGGAAGGACAAUAAAACUGUUAUUGGUGUUCAGUACAAAUCUAAAGAUGGUAAAGAGCACAAAGCUUAUGCUCCCCUCACAAUUGUUUGUGAUGGCUGUUUCUCAAAGUUGCGUCAUUCUCUCUGUCACCCCAAGGUAGAAGUACCUUCUUGUUUUGUCGGUUUAAUCCUGGAGAAUUGUCAACUCCCAUUUGAAAACCAUGGCCAUGUUAUUCUGGCAAAUCCUUCCCCAAUCUUAUUUUAUCGUAUAAGCAGCACAGAGGUUCGCUGCUUAGUUGAUAUACCUGGUCAAAAGGUACCUCCUAUAGGUAAUGGCAAAAUGGCCAACUUCUUGAAGACUAUGGUGGCUCCUCAGAUUCCAGCUGAACUUCAUGAUGCUUUCAUAUCUGCGAUUGACACAGAAAAUAUUAGAAUCAUGCCUAAUGGUUAUAUGCCAGCUGAACCCAUUCCUACUCCUGGAGCUCUUUUAAUAGGUGAUGCUUUCAACAUGCGUCAUCCUUUGACUGGUGGAGGAAUGACAGUGGCACUAUCUGAUAUUGUUGUGCUGCGUGAUCUGCUUAAGCCGCUAACUGACCUAAAUGAUGUAGAUUCAUUAUGCAAAUGUCUUGGAUCCUUUUACAUCUUGCGUAAGCCUUUGGCAUCUACCAUAAAUACUUUAGCUGGAGCCCUAUAUAUAGUCUUUUCUGCUUCAUCUGAUCAAGCUAGUAACGAACUACGCGAAGCUUGUUUUGACUAUUUGAGCCUUGGAACUAUUUUCUCAUCUGGACCAAUGAGUUUGCUGUCUGGUCUGAAUCCUCACCCACUGAGUUUAGUUCUCCAUUUCUUUGCUGUAGCAAUCUAUGGUGUUGGCCGUUUGUUGUUUCCUUUUCCCUCAUUUAGAUGCACUUGGAUCGGAGCUAGAUUAAUUUUGUGUGCAUUUGGCAUAAUAUUCCCCAUCAUCAGGGAUGAAGGAGUGAGGCAAAUGUUCUUUCCAGCGACAGUACCAGAAUUUUAUAGGAGUCCGUCUGCUCGGUGAUGCUUUGACAAGUGCCGAAUCUGUAUAUUGUACCAUUUGAAACCUCAUGAACAGAUAUGGUGAAGAUUCAUAGACCUACUGAUAGGCAAAAAAAUAUUAUUAUUUAAAAUUAAAAAAAAGUUAUUUUAAGUAAAUAAAUAUAAGAUAUUAU